AUGAAGUACAGCGGUCUAACUGAAGAUGACGACGAUGAUCUCACCCCAAUUUCUUGGGUGUGCUGCCCCGGCGGCGGGCCGAGCGUGGCCGGCGGUUCGCUGCCCUCCGCGUCCGGCAGCCCCGCCGCGCUGGCCGCCGCCAACCUGCGGCUGCUGCCCUUGGACGAGUGCGGCCUCGCGAACGCCGACAGGAUCAUCCGCGGCAGUGAGGCCAAGGUCAUGGAGCUGCCCUGGAUGGCGCGCCUGGGCUACCACUGGGAUGACUACUCCAACGUGUUCGACUACAAGUGCGGCGGAAGCCUCAUCAGCGACCGCUACGUGCUCACGGCCGCGCACUGCAGCAACGAGGACACCGGCCUCAUCCCGGUGUCGGUGCGCCUGGGCGAGCAGGACGCCUCCUCCGAGACCGACUGCUCCUUCGUGUCGGGCAAGCGGGUGUGCGCGCCGCCGCCCGUGGACGUGAACAUCGAGCGCAUCAUCAAGCACAAGAACUACGGCGAGAAGAGCUUGCAGGACGACAUCGCGCUGCUGCGCCUUGCCACGGCCGUCGAGUUCACCGACUUCGUGAAGCCCAUUUGCCUGCCGGUGGACGCCAAGGACCAGAAGAAGGACCUGACCGGCAAGAAGGUGAUGGUGGCCGGCUGGGGUCGCGUGGCUAACGGGAUUGGAGCGGGCGGCAGCAAGGUGCUUAUGAAGGUGAGCGUGCCCGUGUCCAGGGCCGAGGACUGCGCCAGCGCGUACGUGCCGCGGCAGCUGGUCAUCUCGAGCGAGAAGCAGAUGUGCGCCGGCGACUCCACCGGCGACUCGUGCCAGGGCGACAGCGGCGGCCCCCUGACCACGGCCGGCCAGGUGAAGGGCACGCCGCGCGUGGUGCAGCAGGGCAUCGUGUCCUUCGGGCCCACACACUGCGCCACGAAGGGCACCCCCGGCGUCUACACCAAGGUCGCGCACUACCUGCCCUGGAUCCUGCAGAACAUCGAGCCCUGAAGACCCGCAACAACUUCGGCCGCUUCCUUCGUCCGGAGCCUGGAACCGCCUGCUUCGCCAGGAGUCCUCCCUUCAAAAGACUGAUUGGCUGCGCGAUGGCGAAGCCUCACUGUAAAAAAUGUUGCAAAUUUUUAAACCCCAUUGGCAUGCGAAAUUUUGCCACCCAAUGUACAGAGACUCCACUUGCACCCAGUGGGUUGCAGAAGGCCACUGUACCAGCCCACUAAAUGGAAUACAUCGACCCGUUGGACAGCGAAA